AUGGACUUUGGGACUUCCGGGUCAAGCUGGGAACUUCCAGACUUGAGAGAAGGAUGUGUAAAAGCCAUCAGUGACUCUGAUGGAGUGAGCUAUCCCUGGUAUGGGAACACCACAGAAACAGUUCCCUUGAUUGGCCCCACCAAAAGGGUCUCCAGGUUCUCAGUUAGUAUGAAUGACAAUUUCUACCCUAGUGUGACAUGGGCUGUUUCAGUGAGUGACAGCAAUGUGCCACUAUUAACCAGGAUCAAACGGGACCCAAGCUUUACUACAUGGCUAGCAGCCAUGAAUAUGACCACCAAGGAAAACAUUAUCGUGCAGACUAUAAAAUGAGUGGACAUUGAGGUUGAUCCCAUGCAGCUCUUAGGCAAGCGAGCCCGGCUGGUGGGGAGGACUCAACAGCAGCAGCCAAAACUUGUGAGCAGAAUGGAACCCAUCCCACCAAAUGCACUAGUGAAACCCAAUGCCAAUGAUGCCCAGGUCCUAAUGUGGAGACCCAAGAGAGGACUGCCUUUGGUAGUGAUACCAUGCAAAUAA